AUGCAGGCACACGAUGUGGGCCGUGACCGCCGUCACCGAGGAUUGAUCGAAGACGAAGAUGCAGCCAUUGGCAAACUCGGUACAGAAUUCGACGACGUUGGAUGUCUACUCAUCUCCGAAGUCGAGCUCGUCUUUUCACAACCCGACUCGCUCGGGUCGAUGGCGAACGAGGCUGGAGCCGGUGGUAGAGACGAAGUGGCUACUGCCGUCUUCUCCAAGACCAAAGACUAUGUUUCCGAAUUCUCGCGCUACAAAGAUCCAAACACAAUCCGAGAGAUCCGAGAACUGCUCCUCAAACACGCCAAACUUGACGAAAGGUUGGUCGAUGAACACGGCAACGAGCUGCCCGAAGAAGAGACUCCAGAAGGUCUGCAAUUGACGCAAUUCGAAAUGGCUCAGUUGGCAAACUUGUGCAUCACGGAGGUGGACGAGGCGAAAGCGCUGAUCCCGACAUUGGCGACGAGGGACGAUGCCUUGUUGGACAGUUUGUUGCAGGAGCUGGAUAACAUUCGUCGCUUCUCGUAG